AUGAAGAAUGGUUUCCUGGCUCUCUGCAGGCUUCCGUCCCGCCCCUUCCGAAGGACCCACCAGCUGGGGGUGGCAGUGGGGCUCCUCGUCUUCGCCAUCCUGUACAUCUGCCUGACCCACUGGGAGAACCUCUCCGCCCAGCGCAGGUCCGUCGUCCUGCAGACGGGCAGCUGCCGCUUCCGGCUGGACCUCGGCGUCCACGUCGCCCUGUACCCGCACCUGCAGCGGUAUCGUUGCCGGGCGCUGAUCUGGGAGGAGUCCUGGUGCCACGGCCCCUGGGCCGCCCCUCUGCUCCUCCUAGCCAUCAAGUCGCACCCGGCGUCCCGCAAAAGGAGGGCCGUCCUGCGCCGCACGUGGGCCCGGCAGAGGUUGAUGGGCGGCUUCUGGCUCCAGCCCGUCUUCCUGGUGGCCACGGCCUCCGAAGACAGCCUGGCCCAGGUGCUGCUGCAGGAAAUCCAGGCGUUCAGGGACAUCCUCUGGUGGGACUUUGUGGAGUCGCCCCGCAACCAGUCCCUGAAGGAGCUCUGCUUGCUCCAGUGGGUCCACAACCGCUGCCAGAGGGUGGCCUACAUCUUCAAAGCGAACGAUGACAUCUUUGUGAACCCGUAUGCCGUGACGCAGUACCUCAAUCAGCUCCCCAGAGCCUCCCACUUCAUCCACGGGAACCUGGCCAACGAGGAACCCGUCAUGAGGACGGGGGACGCCGCGGUGCCCUGCCUCCUCUACCCGCUGGAGCGCUACCCGCCGUUCAUCGCGGGGGGAACCAUCCUGCCCGGAGCCUUGAUCCCGGAGCUGUACCGGGUCUCCCUGCAGCUGCCCGUCUUCCCACUCGCCGAGGCUUAUGUGGGGUUCCUGGCCUUGGCGGCCGACAUCACCCUCCGCCACGAGGGGCGCUUCCAGGUGUGGGGGCUCGUAAAGGACGAGCUCCAAGCGUACAAGGAGUCCCUCACCGUCCACGGGGUCUCGAUGGAGAGGAUGGAGGAAGUGUGGAACAAGCUCUGGAACUGA